AGUCAUUUGGGCUCGAGGCUGUUGCAGUGGCAGGGUUGGCGCAACCGAUACAGCAGAAUCGAAUGGCACCGACUUCAGCGCGCCCCACUUGCCGCCAGCUGAUCCUGGUGCUGGCCCCCGCCUGCUCUUCCGUGGCAGCCGCCGCUGACCUGCAGCUGCCCGGUGCCAACGUGCUGCUCCAGGUCUCCCAGCAUGUCCGGGUCUCCUCAGGCGCGAAGACGCCUGGAGAGGAUCUCCAGCACCUGCUCGACGACUUGGGGUACCAAAGCGUGGUGCAGACUACGACCACGAUGCCAGGAAGCGAGGCGGCGAACGCAUCAGAAGCGAAAGGUGUUGCGACAGAGACCAAUGCCUCCGAGGGCAACCACAGUGUUGCGGACGGGGGGGACAAAGCUGCAUCUCCAGAGCGUGCUAAUGUGUCGACUGGCACGAACGACUCCAAGGAGGAGGGCUUCUCUAAUAAAACGGCAGACCAGGUGGCAAACUCGUCAGAGGUGAAAGGCACUGUGACAGAGACCAGCGCCUCCGAGAGCAACGGCAGUGUUGCGGACGGGGAUCGCAAAGUUGCAUCUCCUGGGCAUGCCAACGUGUCGAAUGGCACAGGCAAUUCCCAGGCAGAGGGCUCAUCCAACGAAAGCUCUCAUGAAGGUGGGGUUGCUGCGAAGAAGGUGCUCGGAAACGACACGGAGUCGAGGGAUCAUCCAGAAGGAGGCGCAGAGACGAAUCGCAGUGACAGGGCGACCGAGUCCGGACACUCUUCCUCUGCUCCGGACGGCCAGCCAGGUGAGGCCGCCGAGCCCGAUGCGGACCUGAGCUCGAGCGCGGCCAACGACACCGUGACGACGAGCAGCAGCAGUGGCUCGCCUGCCGAGGCGGCGUACUCUGACGCAGCCGACCCCCCCGCCGAAGCCGCGGCCAGCACCCGCCAGACCACGGGCUCCGACGGGAGCGGUGGUGACGCCGGUGAUGCCUCCGGCUCCGGCGCAUCUGGAAGCUGGUGGCGAUGGCUGCUGCCGUGGCGCUAGGCGCUCGGCCACGGCGGGGUGCACACGGCCACAAGAGCCGCAGCAGGGGGCGCGUGCAGACGCCUCGGCGCUCCUGGCCGCAACGUCGGCCGCCCCUGCUCCAUCCUCCAUCCUCAUGUUCCGUCCUCCAUCCCCCUCUCUCCUUCGUCUCCUUCGUCCUCCUCCUUC